AUGGCCGAGUUCCGGCGAAAGCUGCCCGAGUGCGCACGCGCGGUGCCCGCCGGUCGCCAUGGAGACGCGUGGCCGAGGCCCGGCUUGGAGCGGCCUGAGACCCGGGUUCCAGGGCCGCGUGUCUUCGGCUGCCCUCGGCGUCGGCCACAGCCCGGCGGGCGGAUGGAAGGCCGCGGUGCUGCAGGGGCGCCGAGCUUUGCAGAGAACAAGGUCCGGGACCCGGAGGAGAGGGAGAGCAGCUCCGAGGUUGCCAAGGGGUCCAGGCUGCCCCCCAUAGAGAGCACCAGCUCGCAACUGACUAAGCGGAAGGUCAAGAAGAAGAAGAAGAAAAAGACCAAAGGGUCAGGCAAAGGGGACGAUAAACAUCAGAGUCACGCCCCACAGACACAGCCGCUGCCCUCAUCCCUCCAUGACAUCUUCAGUGCCAACAAAGAUCCUGGUCUGAGGCUGGAGUACAGAUCAGACAAAGAGGAAAACAAAGCCGUGUCUCCUUAUGCCUCCAAUCGAAGUCUGCCCCACUUCGCUGAAAUAGAAGAGAAGCUUUCAAACGGGGUUAAUGAAAGCCUGCGCUGGGAUGGGAUUCUGGCAGACCCAGAGGCAGAGAAAGAGAGGAUUCGAAUUUACAAGGUCAACCGGAGGAAGCGGUACAGGAUUCAGGCCCUCAAAAGCUUCAACUCUGAGCCCAGAGCUGACGAUAGCUCUGAGAUAUUGCCCAGCCUCUCCGACAAAGAGAGCAGCAGUGGCAGCAGGCAGCCCUUGUUGAAAACUGAUCACUCCAGACACUAUUUUGAUGGAAGCCUGGGUCCAAAGCUCCUCCACUCAGACCUAAUGUCUGCUCUCCCAGAGUGAAAGGCAACCGAGGUCCUGGAAGGCUGGCCAGUUGCCCUUAUCAAAAACUUGUGUGUUAUCGAAGAAGAAUCAAAGGAAAUCAGACCCACUUGUGAAGGAAGCAGAUGUUUGUAGUGUUGAUGAGGUCAACCAGCCUCUCUUUUCACCAAGGUGCCCUGCACAACUGAGCAAAGCCACCAUGCCUUAAGAACAUCCACAAUAAGUUGAACAAAGUUCUUUCAGAAUCAUCCCAUCUUCUCCAAUAUGCUGGCAUCUCUUUCUUUUAUAAUUUCUCUCAUACUUCAAUGUCUACAGUUCAUACCUAAAAGAGUGUGUAUAGAAUUUUAGUUUUAAGUCAAACUAAUUUUAGGGAUGAAACUCCUCACACAGUUUUUGAGGGUCUAAGGAAAAUGCCUCAAGUAUCCUGGAGACAUUUUUUUUGAAAGCUAUUAAAUACACAUCCUGUCUAAAUGUGACUUUCAAA